CCGAGGACACUGUGGUCAAGUGAAAGCUAUCUACCAGAACAAUAAUUCGGUAUAAAACGAAUUUAUUUGUUCUCAAUAAUGAAGGUGUGCGUGUUCCUGUCUCUACUUGCAAUAUUGCUCCUCAGUAGCAAUGGUAUCCUAGCUCAAUCAGGACCUAAGCAUAAUAAGGUAGUAACUUGUUAUGUCGCCUCCUGGGCCAUUUACAGACGUAGUAAUGGAAAGUUUGAUAUUCCUGAUAUUGAACCACAACUUUGCACACACCUUAUAUAUACAUUCGCCGGGCUGGACAGCACGACAUGGGCCAUUAAGAGCCUCGAUCCUUACUUAGAUGUUACCAAAGAGCAUUACAAAAAAAUGACCGCACUUCGUGAACAGUAUCCACAUUUAAACAUUCUACUAUCAAUUGGAGGAUAUAACGAGGGUAGUACAAAAUACUCUGAUCUUGUUUCAUUGCCUGUACGAAGAUCUGCGUUCGUUAAGAGUGUAGUAGAUUUCCUUAAGGCAUACAAUUUUACUGGUUUGGACAUAAGUUGGGAGUAUCCUGGAUCACGCGGUGGUAGUGUACUAGACAAAUUAAAUUUUGUCAGGCUUCUGAAGGAAUUGAAAGAAGCAUUCCAAGAGUCGAACUAUCUAUUAACAGCAGCUUUAGGUGUUGGUCCAAACAUCAUCGAUGCUGGAUACGAUAUUCCCGAACUUUCCAAAUAUCUCGACUAUAUGCAUGUAAUGGCCUACGAUUAUCAUGGAUCAUGGGAUAGAAAAGUGCUGCCGAAUUCACCAUUAAGAGCUGGAGAUAAUCUGGAUGUGGUGGAUACACUCAAUUAUUACUUAAGUAGAGGUGCAGCAGCAGAUAAACUAGUAUUAGGCUUGCCUUCGUAUGGCAGAACUUUUGUAUUGAUGAACACAUUAAAUUCUCCUGAAGAAAGUCCAAUGAAUCGAACGAUCGUCGGAAACGGGUUUCAGGGGCCUUACACUCUCCAAGAUGGUUUUAUGGGAUACAAUGAAAUUUGUGAAGAAUUAGUGGAUUAUGGAAGUUCUUGGGUACGUGGCUGGGAUAAUAGUAGCGCUACACCUUACAUCGUUGACGAGGAAUUCGUUAUAGCAUAUGAUAACCCCAAGAGUUUAAAAGAAAAGAUCGAAUAUGCGAUGAACUUAAAUUUGGCUGGUGUAAUGGUUUGGAGCAUCGAUACCGAUGACUUCAGUGGAAAAUGCGCAUCUUUGCAAGACUCUCUAGAUCCAACAAGUGGCAGAUAUCCUUUACUAAGAUCGAUUAACGUGGUUCUAUCUGAAAAAAAUUAGGUUUCAUCAUGUAAAGGUACUGCAAAUGGAGGAGAAUGGAAGGAUCCACGACACCAUCUAUCUUACUCUUAUGAACAAGCAUUUAAACUGUACUUGAAACAUUAAUAAAUAAACAAAUCGUCCUCUUAA